UGUAAACAUUGACUAUUAAUAGUUGAUUAAGUUUCAUCGUUACAACUGUUUAAAUUGUUUGUUUCUGCGAGUGAUUUUUGUUAAAUUAAGUUGAUUAUCAUGAUCAACAAAGAGCCUGAUUGUUGUGAACCAUUAGGUGAAUUAAAGCCUGGUCCAGAUAAGACAAUUUUCUAUCAAUUACCAUGGACAUCCGAUGACAAUCAACCGAAAAAAGUUAAAUCAGAUCAAUCAAAUCCACUUUUACGCCCAUCAAGUGAUUAUGUUCAAAUGCCUUUCGAUCAGAAAUCUCAAUGGAAUCGAAUAGUUGAUCUGUUAAAUUCAACUCUAAAUGGAAAUGGUAUCAAAAGCUUUGAGCAAUUAGGCGAAUUGCUUAAGUCAAUUAACCCUUCAUUGGAAAAAUGUUCACUCAAUAUCCUUAAUCAAGUGAUUGAUCAAAUGAAUUUCAACGAGAAGACUCAAUUUUAUGAUGUAACUUUACCUUUCAUUUUAUCAUCAACCUUGAAAUUAACUGAUUUGAUUGUGAAGCCGAUUCCACUUCUUAAACAGAAAGUUAAUCAUUCUUUGUUUUUCAAUCAACAACAAUUAGUAUCGAUUCUUGCUAAUUGUUUCCUUGGUACAUUUACCAAACCAACCAAUUCCAAAUUGAAUCAUUUCACAUUUCAAGAGCUGUUUUCAGGUUCGUCUUCCGUCAAACGCAAAGCCGAAAAGUUGAAAUGUAUCCUAAAUUAUUUUCAUCGAGUUGCGAUUAACCCACCGAGGGGAACGGUUACCUUUCGACGACAAUAUUUGGCCCCAGAACGAACUCCUAACUGGUCAAGAUCGGCGAAAUGUUUGAAAAAGUUGGUUGUUAGUCCAAACGGGACAAUUGAACACGAUGGACGGGGAAUGCUUCAAGUGGAUUUCGCUCAUAAAUUGAUCGGUGGUAAAACGCUCACUUAUGGAAUGGUUCAAGAAGAGGUUCGAUUUGUAAUCAAUCCCGAAUUAAUCGUUUCGAUGCUUUUUACUGAGAAAAUGUUGGACAAUGAGGCAGUCGUUAUCAUCGGCACUGAACAAUUCAACAAUUAUUCAGGAUAUUCUGAUACUUUUAAAUUCGCAGGCGAUUUUAACGAUUCAACACCAGUAGACUCGUGGGGUCGUCGGUACACUAGAAUCAUGGCUAUGGACGCUCUUUAUUUCGCUGUUGAUAAGGUUCAAACUCAAUAUUCGAAAAAGUUUAUCGACAGAGAACUAGUUAAAUCUUUCACUGGUUUCAUGGAAACUGAGGAAAUUCAAGAGUCCAAUCGAUGUGCUGUCGCAACGGGAAAUUGGGGCUGUGGUGUUUAUCGAGGCGACCCUCAGGUGAAAUGCUUAAUCCAGUGGAUCGCCGCAUCGAUGGCCCUUCGAGAUGUUGUUUACUUCACUUUUGGUGAUCGCCGAUUAGCAAAUAUGAAAGACACUAUCUCUCAACUCGAAGCUAAGAAACUGACCACUGGUCAAUUGUACAAUUAUCUUAUUGAAUAUGGACAAUAUAUUGAAUCUCUGCCUCCGUUUAACAAACAAACCAGAACAGGGCCAACAACAAUUAGUGUAUUUGAAUUCAUUGGGAAAAAAAUACAAAACAAUUAAAUUUGUAAUUUGAUCAAUUAAAAUUAACCAUAACAAUUA